AUGGGUACAGAUAGUAAAACAGUUGUACAACAAUCAUUGUCAAAAGUUACCGUCGUAGUAUCAAAAAAUGGCAAAAAGAAAAAAUCGAAGAAAUCAAAAAGUAGCCAUCAUAAAUCUAAAUAUAGUAAACAACAACGUUCAUCGUCAUCUUCAUCAUCAUCAUCAUCAUCAUCAUCGUAUUCAUCAACUAAACAUGGGCGUAAUUCAACAUCAAGAAAAAAGUAUGAUAUAAGUAAUUCAUCUGAAAAAAAUUCCAAAGAUAAAACAAAACUUUCAUCAACUGCUGAAUUACAUAAUAAUAAUAAUGAUACUGAAUCAUCAAAUAAGAAUAAAAAACAAUCAAAUCGUUCUAAACAUGAUUCAUCAGAGUCACCAUAUCGGCGGAAUAAUAAUACAACAAAAUCACAAAGUCGUUCAAGGUCAAAAUCUCGAAGUCGAUCCAGUGAUAGAUCCGAUACUCAUGAUUCUCCAUCUCGUCAUCGUCAUAAAAAUGCUCUUCAUCAUUCUAAUUCAAAUAGAUCAAAUAUUUAUUCACCAAUGUCAAAUUUUAUUCCCAAUAUGAAUCAUCGUUAUCCAAAACCAUCGAAUGUACAUGCUCGAGGUGGUCGUAUGCUUUAUAAUCCAUCAUCAAUGAUGGGUAAUCCAUCUAUACGAAAUAACAAUAGUAACCAUCGUUAUAAUGGUAAUAGUCAAUCACAAUCAUUACUCGGUGGUUAUCGUCCUCCUCUAACAAAUUUUCGUGGUAAUAUGAGUUCAAUAAAUAAUUCUACUUAUAUGCAUAAUGUUCAUAAUAUGGCAAAUAUGAUACAAAAUAUGAGUAAUCUUUUGCAACAAAACCAAAAACCUGGUUCAAAUGUCAAAUACCCAAAUGCAAAUAAUCCAAGUAAUCGUUUUUAUCAACAAUUUCAAGAUAAUUAUAAAAAAUUAAAAGCCGGAGAAAAAGUAAGUAAUUUAUAUCAAGCAUCAUUUCCUAUGCAACAUAUACCACGUGAAAUGCGUUUUAAUUUUCGUUUACUUGGACGCAAUAUAUUUACCGCAUCGGAUGAUGAUGAAGGUGAUUCAACAACAUUAGAAAAACAUUCAAAACAAAAACAACAACGACAUCAUUCAAGUUCACAAUCAUCGAAUAAUUCUGAAGAUGAACAUCAUAAUCGUCGUGAAGAGGAAAAAGAAGCAGCUGGUAAAUCAAAAUCAUCACCUAUACUUAAAAACUCUACGAAACAAAAACUUUCAUCAACAAAAUCUAAUCGAAAUCGUACAUCAUCUGGAACAAAAACAAUAGCUGAUUCACGUGAAUUAUUAAAUGAUUCAAAUAAUUUCAGUACAUUACUUGCUGAUAUUAUACAAAGUCAAAAUCCAGAAAUGAUGGCUAAUACAUUAGCUGGUGCAGCUGUUGUUGUUAAUAAUAAACGAGAACGAACACAAAAAUAUUUAAAUAAAAAAGUACAACAAUUUAAAAAAUAUGCAAGAUCUCAACAAACACAAAGUAAUGGAACUGCAAAUGUAUCAACAACGAAUCCAGAUGAAGCGGAAAAGAAAAUUCAUGGCCUUGCACGACGAUUACAAAUGAAAACCAUUGGUUUACAUGAAGAUUAUGAAUUGCAAGGUAUGAAACGUUCAGAUGAUUCGAGGACUGAUUCCGAUACAAGUGAACGACCUCGUCGUUUAUCAGGUUCUGCUAAGGAACGUUCGAAAGAUAAAGAUAUUGACAGUGAUGGCAGUACAAAUUCUCAACGACAACGUAAACUUAAAAAAUUAACUAAAAAAACAAAUUCUUCGGGUCAAAUUAUCGAUUCUAGUGAAGAUGAACAUCGUUCCGAUGGCAAUGAUAGUGAUGGAAGCAUGCUUAAUUUAAAUGAAGAUCUUAAACCCAUUGGUUAUUAUAUCAAAGAUCGUGAACGUAUGUUACAUGAAAUGUUUCGAUGUGUUCGUGGUCAUAAACUUCAAGCUAUUCUACCGGAUGCAUUAAAGACACGUUCUAUUGACGAAAUCAAAGGAAGAUGUCUCGAUCAACUCGAUAUUUUAUCAAAAAAACGUAUUCGUACAAUAUUACUAGCACAACCAAUGACUUCAUCAAGUGGUACAGAAGAUAGUACAGAUGAAGAUGAACAAGAUAUAUUUACAUUAUAUCCACGUUUAAAAUCAUCAUUAGAUAUAACAAAUAAUAAUGCUGCAAGUGUUACAACAACAACAACAGUACCUCCGACGAAUGAUAAUAAAAAAUCUCUACCAAACAGUAAAUUUCGUCCAGUACAAAUGUAUGCAGUUACAGAAAAUUCUUCAUCUCCAACAACAAUUCAUAAUAAUCUUUCAGCUCCAGCAAUAAUUGGUGCUAAUGAAGAUGUUAAUGAUUAUUAUGAAGAUUUUAAAAAAAUUAAAAAAUUAAAAAAUCUUCGUCGUAAUGAACAAGAUGAUGAAUUAACACCAUUUCCAGAUCAAACUGGUAAACUUUUACAAUCAAUUGGAACAAUUUUACCAAAAUUUGAAUUUAAACCAAUAGCAAGUUUAACACGUAGUCAACAAACAAAUUUUAAUGUUCGUCGAAUUGUGAAUCGACAAAAACAACAACAGCAAAAUGAUAUACGUCAAGAAAUAGAUGAUUUACUUAAUAUGGAUGAUUUUGUUUUACCUGAUGGUGAACGUCCAUUAUCAUCAGCUGAAUUAUCAAUAAAUAAAGAAUAUCAAUAUGGAUUACCACCAAAAAUACAACAUAAAAUUCCAGCAGGACCACCCAAAAAAGGUUCAUUAGGUGAUUUACUUAAACGAAAAAAGACCGAAGUCAAUGAACGUAGUCCAUCGCCGAUAUUUUUAGAGCGAAUACGUUAUAGGCAACGUUCACAUUCAUUAAGUUCAUCAUCAGAACGAAUGUCAAGGCAUUCAUCAUGUGAGAUGAUUGAAUCAAAUACAAAAAUUGCAAAUGAUGAAAUUGAUAUGAGUGAUUUAUCAAAAUUACUUGAUUUAAAUGAAGAAGAUGAAUUAUUAUUACUACAAAUUGAAGUUGAACAAGAAGAACGUAAUUUACGUCGACAAGAAAAACGAAAACAUAAAGAAGAAAAAAAGAAAAAGAAACAUCAUUUAAUUAUUAUUAAACAAUGUGUAAAUGAUUUAAUAGCAAAAAUUCUUUUUCAAGAAGAAAAGAAAUUUAAUUUGAAAAGACCAUUUGAUAAUAUUAAUAAUUUUGACGUUAUAUCGAAAAAAAUUAAAAUUGACAACAAAACUUUGAACUAA